AUGGAAUCCGCAGGAGCCCAGAAAGACCCCAGCGACCAGGUCUUCAUCCUGGUCACCGGCGCCAACAGUGGCCUCGGCUUCUCCAUAUGCUGCCGCCUGGCCGACGAAUUCCUCAGAAGCAGCGCCAACGCGCAAAAAUCCCUAACAGUCGUCUUCACAACGCGGAGCACAAAAAAGGGGACCGACACCCUCCGCCGUCUGCAAGACCACCUCCGCGCCAGCCCCGCGCCCCGCAAAAACCAAGUCACCUUCCUCCCCGAGAACGUCGACCUCUCGAACCUGCUCUCCGUGCGUGCCCUCUCCCGCCGUCUCAACAGCACCCUCCCCAAACUCGACUCCAUCAUCCUCAAUGCGGGCGUUGGCGGCUGGACGGGCAUCGACUGGCCCCGCGCUAUCUGGGGCGUUUGCACGGACCUCGUCCAUGAGGUCUCUUGGCCCUCGUACAAGGUCGCCCCCGCGGGCAUGGUCACCGAGUCGCAGAUUCCACAAGGCGAGAAGGAGGGAGAGGUGGAGGGGGAGGUGGAGGAACCCCGGCUGGGGGCGGUGUUUUGCGCAAACGUCUUCGGACACUAUAUGCUUGCGCACAACGUCAUGCCGCUCCUGCGUGCCUCCAACGACGAUACGUCUACUUUCAGCGGCCGCAUCAUCUGGGUAUCUAGCCUCGAGGCUUCCAAAAAGUACUUCAACAUCGACGACCUGCAAGGCCUGCGCACGACAGCACCCUACGAGUCCUCUAAAGCCCUCACCGAUAUCCUAGCCCUCACCGCUGACCUCCCGUCCACAUCUCCCUGGGUCAACAGUUUCUACUCCACCAGUACCUCCACCACCACCACCCCCAGUACCUCCUCCUCCACCAUAACCAGAACCCCAUCAACAACAUCAAGAACAUCCACAAGAUCAACAACAACCACGACCACAAAAACCGCGCCCCCAACAGCAACCCCAACGGCAACCCCCACCCCCUCCAUCAAAGAACCCCAAACCCCCCAACCAACAACCCACCUCUCCCACCCCGGCAUCUGCGGCACCUCCAUCCUCCCCCUCUCCGCCCCCCUCUUCUACAGCAUGCUCAUCGCCUUCUGGCUAGCCCGCAUGCUCGGCUCCCCCUGGCACAACAAGACCCCCUACAUGGGCGCCUGCGCCCCCGUCUUCCUCGCCCUAGCGACCCAAUCCGUCCUCGACGGCCGCGAGGCGCCCUACCGCGCGCACGGCGGCUCGCGCGUGAAAUGGGGCUCGUCGUGCUCGCGGGGCGGUGUGAACUCUGCCGUGUCGACUGAGGUGGACGGGUGGGGCCAUGGGGGUGUGGUUGGGACGCCUGUUGUUGAGGAGGAUAGGCUGAGGAGGAGGAAGAGGGGCGAUGCGGAUUUGGGGAGCGAGGAGAAGGAGGAGUUUGUGGAGUUGGGGAGGAGGUGUUGGAGGGAGAUGGAGGUUUUGAGGGGUGUUUGGGAGGGCGUUUUGGAUAGGGUUGAGGGGGGGAGGGUUUGA